AUAAAUGGUAAUCGGCUGCAAAAACGCACCGUUUAAUGGACGGACCCACCCGGACAAUUCAAAUUUAGGUCAUGGCCGCCAUGGAAAUAGAUUCUCCGAACUCUGCUUCUUCCACUGUUUCGACCCCUGAGGCUUUCUCUCUCCUCUUGUCGCGAGCAUGGCAGAGACCAGCACCACCGAAUCGCCCCACGACGAUCUCUUCUCCUCCGUGAUCUCCGAUAUCAGAACCUACACCGGCGACGAUCCGCUUCUCCCGUGGAUCCGUGGGAUCAGGAGGAUGAAGGAGCGUCUUCCUCUUCAGGUCCUGAAAGAGAAGCUCCCUAGGUUUCUCCAGAAGUGCGCCGAGAAGUUCCAGUCGGACCGCCGUUACAGGAACGACUUGCGUUACCUUCGUGUCUGGUUACAGUUGAUGGAUUAUGUCGACGAUCCAAAGGUGCUUUUGAGAGCAAUGGAGAUGAAUCGCAUCGGGAUGAAGCGGUCUCUCUUCUACCAGGCAUACGCUCUUUACUUUGAGAAGAUGAAGAAAUUCGAGGAAGCUGACAAGAUUUAUCACUUAGGAGUGCAAAACCUUGCUGAACCGGCGGAUGAGCUGCAGAAAUCAUAUGAGCAAUUUCUCCAUCGGUUGGAGAGACACACGAUUAAGAGGAUUCAGCAUCAAGAAAGGAGAGCCAACAAGGAAAACAUCUGCCACUCCUAUGGAAGGCAUGAUGGGACAUACCACGACAGUAACACUAAGCAAUCGGUUUCUCAGGACAAAAACGUAGACACUGACCACAUUCGGGAGGAAAAGUCUCAAAAUGGUAAGCCACUAGCAGAAUCAAGAACAGAUGGGAUUGCGGGAAAGGAAUGGGGCGGAAGGAUGGAACUUAGAAAAACAUCAAACCAGCAACUGACUGAGGAAAAGAAAGUGGAGGAACCUGCCAUAUCUUACCGUGAUUCUGUAGCGGUAAAGUUGGUGGAUACCGCCCUCAUUGGAAAGCCUGAGGAAGAAGAUGCAUGCCAUCAUGGACUGGUGGAGCCAACAAUAAACAUGAAGGAGGCAAUGAAUGCCAUCAACAGCAUGUUCAGAGAGCCAAUUGUGUCAAUGCCAGUUGGCAGAGGAUCGCUUAGGAGGCACAAAAGGGAAAAGCAGAGUUCCGGCAGCAAUUCCAAGGCUUUUGUUGAUGAAAACCUGGAGAAGCAAGUUGAAGCAUCUAAAGAUCAGAAUCGGGAGAAGAGUUGUUCACUUCGGCACACACAAUCCACACUUCGUCAGCCUCAAGAGGAAGGAUUUCAAAUAUACAUUGACGAAGAAGGCAAUGAUGAUGGAAAGGAAAAUGGAGACUUGGAGCAGGAUCAAGCACAAAAUUUCUCCGCUUCACAUGUGAGUGGUUUCGUGUUUCCUCGACCAAAUGAUCUUGCUCCUGAAUCCUCCAAUGAGCUGGGUAUAGCAAGCUCAUCCAGAGGAAAGUUCAGAGAGGAUACAGUCGUUGGCAAGUUUGUUGGCUCUACCAUAUUGGAUGAGCCAGUCGUGGAGAAUGUUUGCCACCAUGGCCUAGUAGAACCCACCAUCAACUUGAAAGAGGCCAUGGAGGACAUAAAUAACAUGUUUGGAAAGCCAAUAGAAUUUGUAAGAACUAGAAGAUCAAAGAAACGGGAAAAAUUACGGGAGCAGGAAAAUUGUAGUGGAUUUCUGAUUCUUCCUGACGAUGAAUUGGAAAGUGAACAAUUUGAGGAUCCAGGAAUAUCAGCUGCAAAAGCUUUCGACAGGCAAAGCGAUGUUGGGUUUUCAAUUCUUUCUGAUGACGUCAAACAUCCUGAACAUAAGGUGGCCCUACAACCAUCAAGAAAACCAGGAGAAAUUGACUUGUUUGAGCCAACUGUCUUUACUAAGGAGGCCAUGGAUGAUAUUAGUAAGAUGUUUGGAAUGCCAUUGGAUUUCUAAGAAACUCUGGUACUGAUUCAGAUGAUACCUACCUAUACAGUAGUAGGUUGAGUACUGCUGUAUUAAAACGUUUUCAUAUAUUGGACGACGGGUGUAUUGAAUUGUCAAAUUGUUGAAUGUAAUUCAUGGUAGUAGUGUUUUUUUUUUCCCUUAGUCUACACUUCAAUUAAACUGUACUUUUGUCUCGGGGGCUAACAGCGAGAACUGAUGGGAUCUAGGGUUCUGCGUUGCAUCAGAAA